UGUAAGAGGCCCGCAGUUGAGGUGUGGUUACGCUUAAUACUACCAACAGAAGAUAGAGUUCUGGGACUUGACGCUGACAAAACUUUUGUAUUGUGACUGCGUUGCUAUAGUAACACACUUGCAUUGCAAUGGUACUGAGCUUGUAUCGACGUCUAUAUGUUUUUUCGACGUCUGCUCCACGAAACCCUUAAGUAAAACGAUGAUUCACAAAUAUAAGACCUUAACGCAGAGUAAAAGAUAUUGACAUUUAAACUUCGUGAGGUUUAUGUUCAACUAUGUCUAGAAUUUCCAGUGCCUUUUCUGAAAAUGAAAAUGUCCAGCUUGAAGAUAGACCAACAUCUAGAAGAGGAAUGGUAUCUAGACAGAGCCCUGUGAUGGAAGAAAAUGCAUCCAGAUCUGUCAUACCUCACAGACCUUCAACUGGACGCCCACCUUCGGCAUCAUUGUACAAUGCACGUAGUGCAAUGCCAGGCACAGCAUCAAGGCUAGCUUCAUCUGUUUAUCAGCCAGCAUCACGUCUGGGAACAGCAGUAAAUUUAGCUGGAGCACAGUUGAAUGUCGUGGAUAGACCAGUGACACAACAGGGGCUGACUGGACUCCGUACAGCUUCCAGAGGACCACAGAAACGGCAAGUUGAAGAUAAACGAUAUUUUGAAGGAAUACUUCAGAUGAAGAUCAGAGAACUUUCAUCUGAAAUAAGUCAUUUGAAUAAGGAUAUUGAGACUCGGUCAGCUGAACAAGCAACUUUUUUGAUUUAUGACAAGAGAGUUAAAGAAAUGGCAGCUGAACUUACAGAUCUACAAGGCAAGUUAGCUGACUAUAAUUUGGUUUUUGACAAAAUAAGCACAGAUACUGAGAAAAGAGAGAUAGAUAAUGAGAGACUUGAAAUGGAGCAUAGAAAUGCAAAGGAAUCAAAUUUUCUAGAGCAACUUUUUGCUCAGAGACGGCAAAAGGAAUCACAAAUUCAGCAAAUUGAAAUCGAAAUUGAGCAGGAGCGUCAUAUGGCUGAUAAUCUACUUGGCCAGAUGAGCCCUCCAUUGCGUGAGCAUUAUGCUGUGCUACAGAAAACGAACAAUGAGCUGCAGAGGCAGAUGGAAGAGCUACAGCAACAGCUUGAUACACUUACUGUUCAAAAAACGAAUUUUGAAGACCAGAUAUCAGUUUCAGAGGUAAAGCAAGAGGCAGUUCGUCUGCACCACAAAUUGUUGGAAGCACAAGAAAAGCGAGAUCAGUUAUUACAGGAAGAGAGAAUGAGGUCCACUCCAUCUAAUGAAAGAGAACAAUUGCUGCAGAGGGUAAAAGACGAUAAUUCAGAAAUAGCAACCAUGGAAAGGCAGAUGUCACAGAUGAAGGAACUAAUUUCCAAAAAGCAAGAGGAACUGACCCAACUGGAGCAGGAUGUGGAGGAGAGUCAAAGCGAGCGGCACCAGAAAUACAGAGACCUCAGACGACGUGAAGAAACUAUGGAACAGUUUCUUUCAACAUAUAAAGAAAAUUAUGAACAGAGCAUAGCCCGUCUGGAUCAGUUGGAGAGUGAUAUUGAGAUAGCUUUACAAGAAAUAAGCAGGAACUUGGCUCGUUCUGGGCAUCUUCCUAGUGUAGAAGACUUUUCUGUAAUGAAGGACAACUUAUUAUUUAAGGAGGGUGAAUUGGAGAAGUCUAAGAAAACAUCAGAAACAUUAAUCAAAGAACAGCAGCAGCUGCAGAUCAAUCUUCAAAAGGUUGAAGCAUUAGAAGGAAAGAUUAAAACUGAAAUGGAAACUCUGCGAGAAAAAAUGACAACAAUGACAAAUGAAAUGGCUUCUCUGUCUAAUUUAGACAAACUUAGAGAGGAUGCUCUCAGCAAACAGGAACUUCUGAUAAAAGAAAAGGAAGUUCUUUUAGAAAAGCAAGCUCCUCUUAAGAUGAAUGUUGAGGAACUGCAAAUUAAGUUUGAUGAUCUGAAGAACCAGCUAAAUGACAAUGAAACUUAUGCACAGCUUAGCAACUUGGAAAGGAAGCUAAUGCAAUUGGAACAGAAUAACUUUGCUAUGAAAGAAUUCAUUGCAACAAAAAAGUCUGAGACUGAUUAUGAACCACUCAAGAAUAAGGUUUAUGCACUUGUACAAGAAUACAACACAUUGCUUAAGGAGAAUGUAAAGAAGGGUAAUAUAGCUAUUUGAUGCAUAAGUGGCUGAUAUUAUGAAGUGAACCUGAUGGAGUAGCACUACAAAGAAAAUUAACGCAAAAGCUAAUUUAAUUAUCAAGAGAGAAUGCCUAUGCCUAUUUUAAGAAAAAAGAACUCACAUUGCAUGACCACUAGAUUUAGAUUUAUGUUUAAGGGCCUUACUUGUGUUGGAAACGGCUUAAACCAGCCUGGUCAAUGCCAAAGGACAUCAACAAAAUUUUGAAAAAGUUCAGAAGUGAUACUGACCUAUGUUACCAUCACUGACAGCAUGAGAAUUUCUUAAUUUAAUAGCAAGGUUAAGUUAAAUAUACCUUCUAGUGACCUACCUGAACAUAUUUAUAAUUGCUUCACUAAUGGGCUCAUGAGAAUCAUCAGUCAGUUCACGAAACUGGAAUAAAAGAAUAAUCAGUUACAUACUGUCAUGAAGUAAUUUUGUGAAUGACUACACCACUGUCCAUCAUUUCUUUAUGGCACAGAAUUUAUGAUAAUAAGGAAACAGGGAGAGAAACUGUAGUUUUACACCACUGUCCAUCAUCAUUUCUUUAUGGGACAGAAUUUAUGAUAAUGAGGAAACAGAGAGAAACUUUAGAUUUCACAUAACAAAUAACAUGGCUACUUCUGAACACUCCCAAUAGUUAAUAGGUUGUCUUUAUAUCUAUACUGAAAUCAGAUGUUACACACACAAAGACAGAAUGUGUUGUGUAAGGUUGUGAAAUUAGACAAGGCAAUGCUGGAGUAUUGAUGUGGAUAACUGUGGUCCGUGUAGCAUUUUUGUGAACAGUGUGCCAUUCUCCUGGCAUAUUUCUCCUUCUGAAUAUACUUGGAAAAGGAAUUUAAUAUUUUUCUGUAACAUGUGUAAAACAAUGAAUUUUUUUAUGUGAGGUGCAACGAAUGAAAAGAACAAAUACAACAAGUACGAUUUAGAUAAAAGAGAAGAUAUUGUACCUUUUUGAGUAGUACCGCUGACA